AUGCCCAUCACCGUGAAGGCUUGCGGCGUCUGCAUGACCGACGUCAAGGCCAAACUCAGGGAAAUGGGCAUCCCCUACACCGAGUCCGGCAACAAGAUUAUCGUCAACAUCUCGAGCCCCUCCAGGUGGACGGCGACUUCGCUCAAGGCUCAGUGCUGGCGAGGCCUCAAGUUUUCGUACCAUGAAGCUGAGACCAAGGGCAACGUCAUUUCCUGCACCCGCGCGGGCAAGACUGGCAUGUGA